AAAAUAUUUACAUUCAUUUUCAAUAAUGACCCCGGCUGCUAGCUAGCUAAGCAGACAAGCUGGAGAAUCAUACGCACACUUGCAGACUGGCAUCAAACCAAGCUGGCGGCCAGAAUAUAUAGACGAUGAUUCGGUGAAGGCGUCGUUGCAAGCAGAGAUCGAUUGAUGAGCAAGAGGCUGAUCGGACAAGGAGAGGAUUCAGAGAAGAGAGGAGAUUACGAACAUGGUGCAGGGGACGCUGGAGGUUCUGCUGGUCUGCGCCAAGGGCCUCGACGACUCCGAUUUCUUCAACAAGAUGGACCCAUACGUGAUCCUGACCUGCCGAUCUCAGGAGCAGAAGAGCACCGUUGCAAAAGGAGCGGGAGGCGAGCCCGAGUGGAACGAGACCUUCGUCUUCACCGUCUCCGUCGGCGACGACGACGACGCGCCGGAGCUCAUCGUCAAGAUCAUGGACAGCGACGAACUCUCGGCCGACGACUUCGUCGGCGAAGCCACUAUCCCCCUGGAGGCGGUGCUCCUGGAAGGCAACCUGGCCCCGGCGGUGCACCGGGUCGUCAAGGAGGAUGAGUACUGCGGGGAGAUCAAGCUUGCUCUCACCUUCACUCCAGAAGAUCAUCAGGCAAGAGCUCGCCGUCACGGCUACAGAGAGGAGGAGGAGGAGGAGGAGGUCUACGGCGGCUGGAAGUUAUCAAACUGAGGUGCUUCGUCAACAGCAGGAGGACUAGAUCUGCCUAUCUAUCAACAUGAAGAUAUCUCAUGUCUUCAACAAAUUGAUGUCCAUGCAAUCGAAUCAAUCCCAAGAAGCUGCAGGGUCAUGCAUGUAUCCAUCUUGACGAUUAUAUACAUGAUUGAGAAAUGAGUAGUGAAAAAACGUUACUCUAGGAGAAAUUUCAUGUCGGUGUACUGAUUAAGCGAUUCAUCGCAUCCUCUUGAGGAAUGCACUGGUGAUAAUUUAUAUUUUUCUAUGAGUACAUUAUUAUUA